AUGGCCCCUAUCGCUGUGACUAUCGAUUCAGGAGCGGCGACAAAUAUUCUUGAUAGUGAAGCAUUCGCUUGUAUUAGGAAAAUAAAUAAACAUGUACAAUUAGAGCCAACACAAACAAAUAUAUAUGCAUAUAAUGCCGUUCAGCCCUUGCCAUUGCUCGGAAAGUGUCGUUUAGCAGUUGAAUCGAAUGGAAAGCGUACAAUAUCGACGUUUUAUGUUGUCAACGGCAAAGCGGGAUCACUUCUCGGUAAUGAAACAGCCGCAGAGUUAGGCAUUUUAAAAAUAAAAGUUAACGAAGUCUCUAAAUUUCAUAGCAUGAAAACAACCGGAAGUCGAGGUAGGAAUGAAAUCAACACCGGAAGCCACUCAAACGGAAGUGACGCGAACAGUGACUAUCGAUUCAGGAGCGACGACAAAUAUUCUUGACAGUGAAGCAUUCGCUUGUAUUAGGAAAAGAAAUAAACAUGUACAAUUAGAGCCAACACAAACAAAUAUAUAUGCAUAUAAUGCCGUUCAGCCCUUGCCAUUGCUCGGAAAGUGUCGUUUAGCGGUUGAAUCGAAUGGAAAGCGUACAAUAUCGACGUUUUAUGUUGUCAACGGCAAAGCGGGAUCACUUCUCGGUAAUGAAACAGCCGCAGAGUUAGGCAUUUUAAAAAUAAAAGUUAACGAAGUCUCUAAAUUUCAUAGCAUGAAAACAACCGGAAGUCGAGGUAGGAAUGAAAUCAACACCGGAAGCCACUCAAACGGAAGUGACGCGAACAGUCAAAGUGACUCCGGAAAUCGAGAAAUAAGGGACAGAAAUAGCAUGAAAAACAUUGACAUUAAUACACAGAAAAUUUUAGAUAAAUUUCCAGAACUCUCUGACGGAAUAGGGUGUUUGCAAAAUUAUGAACAGUCAUUGCAUGUUGAUCGUACAGUUUCCCCUAUUGCACAACGCCCUCGGAGAGUCCCUUUCCAUUUACGAAAGCAAGUUUCAGAUAAACUAGAAGAAUUACAAAGUCUCGAUAUUAUUGAACCUGCCGAAGGACCUACUUCAUGGGUAUCACCCAUAGUAGUAGACUUGCCACAAGUCGACCAUGGGGAGGGAGGGCGCGACCCGAGCGACGAAGUCGCGAGUGGUCGACUUGUGUCCCUUGCAGGAAUUUAAAUCGCAUUAAAAAUUUUGGCGCGAAUAAUUUUGACAUAUUAAAAGGGUGUGUACAUUUCAUACAAUUACUUCACCGUGCCGACAAUGGGUCUACAAAAACAAAAACAUUCUCUAGACUAGAAUUGAUAUUUCUUGGUCGUCGAAUGAAACAGUUCGCACCAAGUGUGGAAACGAAAUAACUGACCCAAGUUAAGUAAGCGCCGAAAGCUGUUCAAUGUAUCAACAAAAACAAGUGCAUGUAAAAACUUAUUGAAGCUUCACAGUUGUUUGUCUAUUUAAACAAUGUGUGCCGUAAUUAUGUCGACAAGAAAAGUCUGACUCAGUUCGUCAGCGAUUUUAUUAACGUAGCUAGUAGAGUUAAUCUAUAAAUUGAAAAGAAUCAGACAACUGUAACCAAGAAGCAGAGAGGCGGCGAUUGUGAUCAACUAGAAGACGUCGCUAGAGUUCAAAAUCCAGUAAAAAUACGCGUUGUUUUCUCAGCAAGCGAAUUUGUAAUAAUCAGUAAUCGAGAUCAAGAAACCCAAACUAAACCCGAAACUGCUGAGGAAAUUUUAGAAUCAUCAGAUGCAUCUUCGGUGGCAGUAUUAAAGUUUAUUUCUACACGCUGUACUUUAUACUCAAUGUAAUGUCUGUUUGUGUAUUUUUACAUGGUUUUUGUGUUCUACACAAUUGUAAUUACAUUGUUUACUCUGUUUGCUUCAACAAUACACAUUUGUUCAACAAAGAGCCUGAGAAUAUAAUAUUAUUGUUAGACUCCUUCGAUAAUGACCGAUAAUGUAACCGCUUCGGCCUUCAAUGUAAACAAUGACGUCACCGGUGGAUUUUUCCACCGGUGAUAUUUGGCGCGCUGCAAGUGACAAAAGUCCUUUCCACAGAGGAAGUGAAGCGCGCCAUAGAAGGGCCUGGAAAGGACUUUGGAAAGUCUACCAUAGUAGCUGCUCCCAAACCACACAAUUCAGAUGAAAUCAGAUUAUGCGGAGAUUACCGUAGACCAAAUCAGGCAUUGUUAAGGGAGAGACAUCCAAUCCCAACAGUUGAUGAGUUAAUGGAAGAAAUGUCUGGUGCUGUCGUGUUUUCUAAGCUAGACCUCAAAGCAGGAUACCAUCAGAUAGUCCUAGAAGAGAACUCGCGUAACAUUACCACUUUUUGCACACACAAGGGGUUGUUUCGGUAUAAACGCCUGCCAUUUGGUCUGUCAUGUGCUUCAGAAGUAUUCCAAAAUGCAAAGCGCUCCAAGGUCUACACGGGGUACGAAAUAUCGCAGACGAUAUUAUUGUAUGGGGUAAAACCCAAACCCAGCAUGACAAGAAUUUAG